CAUAUUUCACGAAGUUCAAAAAUGCUGAUCAACAUUACAGAUUUUCGUUGGUGUGAAAAUCUUUCAGACAUAGACUUAAUUGUACCACUACAUGGUAUAAGUGCAUCAAAUGUAGACACACUUAUUACAAGUCAAUAUGUUAAAGUUGUUAUCAAACCGUACAUUUUUGAAUGUGCUUUGUACAAACCGAUCAAUGUUGAAGAAAGUACUUUGAAACUAACAGAUGGUGCGGCCGAGUUUAACCUCAAGAAAUCUAGUGCUGAACUAUGGCAUCAAUUGACAUUGGAUGACAUGAAGGACAGAAGACGUUUGUUACAGAUUAAACAAAAUGCCAUACUUGAACAUCAAGAACGCGAAAUGAAACGCGCUAAAGCAAACAAAGACAUGAAUGUAAGGGGUGAAAAAUACGCAUUGGAACAGGUUAUGGAAUUAGAGAAUAUGUUUCGUGAAAAAAUUAGACUUGAAAAAGAGCACGCUAGCAAGCAAGCAAUAAGCGAGUUUGUAAAUGCUUUUAACCAAUCUAGCCAAAAAGAAAAUGAGCUGCAAAAUGAAAUUACAGAAGCCCGAAGAUUUGCUAAACAAUAUAUAACAGAAACCAUUAAUGAAGAAAACAACGUGGAAUUAAAUAAGAAUAUCCAACAACGUUUAGCAUUUGUUGAGAAACCAAUAGAUUUGCCAGUGAGGACUUCAUCUACAAUCGAAGUUAAAUUUACACCUAGAGUAUUUCCUACACCUGAACGAGAGUCUACAAAACAAGCUGAGGAUGAGUGGCUAACUAAACAAGCCGAAUAUAGAAGAAAACUAUUGGACCGUGUUGUACCUGAUGAUUUGUCCAGGAAUGAACUAGAUCCUAUAUGGUUACGCAAAAAAGGAGAUUCAUUAUUUCAAGCUGGAGAUUAUGAAGCUGCUGUCAUUGCUUAUACAGAAGCUAUAACACAAAAUCCUAAAUUACAUUCGGCUUAUUCGAAUAGAGCUGCAUGUCACUUACAAUUGCGGAAUUAUUUUAAGGCUCUGGAAGAUAGUUCGAUGGUACUAGAUCUUUGUGUACCGCCUGUAGCGCAAAAUUUAAAAUCACGUGUGCGUGCACAUAUUAGGCGUGGAGCAGCAUUUUGUAAUCUACAAUUGUACAAAGAAGGGCUUAUCGAAUACAGAGCUGCACAAAAACUUCAGCCAGAUGAUGACACAAUUAGAAAGGACAUUGAAAAUUUAGAGAAAUUUGUAAAUCAAGAAUAAUUAAUAUAUUGCGAAGCUACUUAGACUCAUUUCUACAUUAAAUUUUUGUUGUGACUUUGUCUUAGGGAUAAAUCAGGUAGAGUAUAGACAUCCAUUUACUUUUUUCUAGGUUGCUG